CCAGAUGUUGACACUAGCUAGUGGAUUGGAUCCGUGUUAUUUACGUGUUGGUGGUACUGAUGCUGAUUUUCUUAUCUUUAAUGAAACACAGGGGCCCGCUCUUAAAGAACAGAGAUUGGUAAACGACGAUUUUUCUAUGACAGUGGCCGAUUGGGACACCCUCAAUCAAUUCGUCCAAGAAGUUGGAUGGCAACUCAUAUUCGAUUUUAAUUCAUUAUUACGUAAUGAUGGUAAAUGGGACCCAACCAACGCCAUUGAAUUAUUAAAAUAUACAGUUCAAAAGGGAUACAAACCCGCCGGGUAUGAACUCAGUAAUGAACCCGACUUGUUUGUAACUAUUAAUACGUCUGUUACCCCUGCUAGUCUAGCUGCUGAUGUAGGAACGUUACGUGGUGUUUUAACAUCAAUGACAUCCACACCAUUUCUUGUUUUUGGACCAGACACAUCAUCUGUAUAUUAUCAGAACUAUUUCGAAGACUUUUUAAUAGCUGGUGGUGGUAAAAAUGUUGAUGUAGCCACAUUUCACCAUUACUAUCUGAACAGUGCUACAGCAACGGUUGACCAAUUUUUAGAUGUUAAGGUCUUUGAUUCCUUGAAAAGCCCACUUGAAGAAGCGGUUGGUUACUGUCUUAAACAUGCACCGGGUAAACAAUGCUGGCUAGGCGAAACUUCAACUUCGUAUGGUGGAGGAACCUUGGGGGUUUCUGACAGAUUUGUUGCCGGAUUUUUAUGGUUGGAUAAAUUAGGUCUGUCAGCUUUAAUUGGUCUUCAAGGAGUAGUAAGACAGAGUUUCUAUGGUGGUAAUUAUGGGUUAAUAGAUGUUAAUCUUGAUCCCAAUCCCGACUAUUUUUUAACAGUUUUAUAUAAAAGAUUGGUUGGUAGUCCAGUAUUGAACGUAACACAAGAUACAGAUCCUAAUGUGAGAGUUUAUGCUCAUUGUACCAACACCAACAGCUCCAUGGGUUAUCAAAAAGGCAGUGUUACCGUAUACUUAAUGAAUUUAGGGAGUGAAGCGGUAACUGUUAAUAUGAAUGGAGGCAAGGGUCAAUUAUAUAUGUUAACUCCCGGUGAUGAAAGUGGUCUUGUAUCUAAGUUUGUAAACCUCAAUGGAAAAAUACUGGUGUUACCUAACAAGGGGGAAUUACCUUCCUUUAAUCCUGUAUAUCAUGAAGGACCAUUAGAACUACAAGGAUAUACCAUGGGAUUUAUAGUGUUCCCAGAAGCCGCCAAGAAAGAAUGCUUAGUAUGAAAGAAGAAUUAUAUAAUUAAUUAAAUAUUUGUUUGUUGCGUUUAUAAUAAUAUUUUUAAAAAAUGGUGGAAGCAGUAUUCCCGGCAGUGUCGGUUAGACUAUGGUGUUAGGUAAUAUUCUCAAUCAUAUUUAGU